CGGGCGAAAGCUGAAUCCAGAUCAUCCAUCCUGAUUCUGCUGGACCUUUCUGCAGCCUUUGACACAGUCAACCAUCAGAUCUUACUCUCUACCCUCUCCUCGCUGGGCAUCACAGGAACUGUGCUUGACUGGUUUAAUUCCUAUCUCUCAGCCCAACGACACCACAGUGACUGCUCGAAUUUCUGCCUGCCUGGUGGACAUCUCGGCCUGGAUGAAGGAGCACCACCUGCAACUCAACCCAGCCAAGACUGAACUCCUUGUCUUUCCAGCCAACCCUGCUGUUGAACACGACAUCACCGUGCAGCUGGCUGCAACUACAGUAACACCUUCCAAAUCAAUCAGAAAUCUAGGGGUAACCAUCGACAACAGACUAAAUUUCACAGACCACAUCUCAAAGACCACAAGAUCAUGUAGAUUUACACUCUACAAUAUCAGGAAGAUAAGACCCUUCCUCUCUGAACAUGCCACACAACUGUUUGUCCAGUCACUUGUCAUAACUAGACUGGACUACUGUAACGCUCUCAUUGCAGGCCUCCCUGCAUGUGCAAUUAUACCCCUGCAAAUGAUCCAGAAUGCAGCAGCAUGUCUGGUCUUUAAUGAACCAAAGAGAGCACAUGUUCCACCACUCCAUGUCUCUCUCCACUGGCUGCCGGUCGAUGCACGUAUCAAAUUCAAGGCUCUGAUGCUGGCAUACAGAACAGUCACUGGGUCUGCUCCAGCAUACCUAAAAUCAUUUAUGCAGAGCUACGUGCCCACUAGAAGCCUGCGGUCGGCUAAGGAACAUCGCCUUGUUGUACCAACACAAAGAGGCACCAAAACACUUUCCCGGACUUUCAGGUUCAUCGUACCAUGUUGGUGGAACAACCUUCCCAACUCCAUCCGUGAAGCUGACUCACUCUCUGUCUUCAAAAAAUGACUAAAAACACAUCUUUUCCAUGAGCACUUAACCAGUCAUUGAAAAAAAAAUUAAAAAAAAUCCUGUUGCACUUUAUUCUGUUUUGAAUACUAUUAUGAUGCUAGCGAUACUUUGUAAUACAGCACUUUUUCAUACCACUGUCUCCUAAGAUGAUUCGCUUAUAUUUUCCUCUUUUGUAAGUCGCUUUGAAUAAAAGCAUCUGCCAAAUGAAUAAAUGUAAAUGUAAAUGUGUACACUACUUGUCUAUUUGUGUGGCUUUUACUCUAUGUGGAAAACAAAUGCAGGGGUUGCGGGAGCGGUCGGAAAGAAAAUCAAUGCGGGCAGA